UCUUCGGUGACGUCACGACAAAACACUACGGAAGAGUCUUGAAGACAGAUUUAGAUAAAAGUGCAGUGAACUUCAGGCGGAUUUUCACGCUACAAAUGUGUGUGACAGUGUAUGUGGCGUAGGAAUAGAAAUGUAGUAAGUGUAUCAGCUGUAUUUGCGGGAUUUAACAGAAGAAAAGUCCUGUUAAACCACGACUAGAAUGGCCAAUGCCAACUUACAGAAAGCCAUUGACUUGGCCACUAAAGCCGCAGAGGAGGACAAGGCCAAAAACUAUGAGGAAGCUCUUCGCUUGUACCAGCAUUCAGUUCAGUACUUUCUACAUGUGGUAAAGUAUGAGGCUCAGGGCGACAAGGCCAAACAGAGCAUCCGGGCAAAGUGUGCAGAUUAUCUGGACAGAGCUGAGCAGCUGAAGGAGUACCUCAAAAAGAAAGAGAAAGCAGGACCUGCCAAGCCUGUGAAGGUGUCUGAUGAUAAAGGGAAUGACAGUGAUGAUGGCGACAAGUCAGAGAAAAAGAAAUUACAAAAUCAGCUUCAAGGUGCCAUUGUUAUGGAAAAGCCAGAUGUUAAGUGGAAUGAUGUUGCUGGCUUAGAAGGAGCUAAAGAGGCUCUGAAAGAGGCGGUGAUCUUACCAAUCAAAUUCCCCCAUCUUUUCACAGGAAAGAGAACUCCAUGGAGGGGGAUCUUGCUAUUUGGUCCUCCAGGCACGGGGAAGUCCUACCUGGCCAAAGCAGUGGCCACUGAGGCCAAUAACUCCACUUUCUUCUCCAUCUCCUCCUCUGACCUGGUGUCCAAGUGGCUGGGCGAGAGUGAGAAGUUGGUUAAGAACCUCUUUACCAUGGCGAGGCAGCACAAGCCCUCUAUCAUCUUCAUCGAUGAGAUCGACUCUCUGUGCGGCUCCAGGAGUGAUAAUGAGAGCGAAGCGGCUCGCAGGAUCAAGACUGAGUUCCUGGUUCAGAUGCAAGGUGUGGGAAACGACAAUGAGGGAAUUUUAGUGCUUGGAGCAACUAAUAUCCCUUGGACACUGGACUCUGCCAUCAGGAGAAGGUUUGAGAAGCGCAUCUACAUCCCACUUCCCGAGGAGCAUGCUCGAUCCUUCAUGUUCAAGCUCCACCUCGGCACCACCCCCAGUAGCCUCACUGAUCAAGACUUCAUCACCCUGGGGCAGAAGACUGAGGGCUACUCGGGCGCGGACAUCAGCAUCAUCGUCAGGGACGCCCUCAUGCAGCCCAUACGCAAAGUUCAGUCAUCCACCCACUUCAAAAAGGUCCAAGGAAAGACAUGGAACAACCCUGAUAUAAUUGUGGAUGAUCUUUUCACCCCAUGCUCUCCGGGUGACCCUAACGCAAUAGAGAUGACCUGGGUGGACGUUCCAGGCGAUAAACUGCUGGAGCCCAUCGUUAGCAUGGCGGACAUGCUCAGGUCACUGGACAAGACCAAGCCCACUGUGAAUGAGGAAGACCUGGAGAAGCUGAAGAAGUUUACCGAGGACUUUGGCCAGGAGGGCUAACUACACUAUCAUCCUAAAAUAUAAAAACACUUCUUUUAUUCUUUUUUUCCCACAUAAUCUAACUCAGAACAGUGAGAUGUAUUAUGAAUACACUUGUGAUUACCUCAUUAUGGCAUCUAAACCCUUUGAAAUCCUCUUGAGAUUGAGAGUUUGUAUUGAAAUAUCUAUGGUGUCGGGUGUUUUGAUGAAUUGAGAUGUAUUUAUUGAAAAUGAUAUGUGGAGAUGGGACGAUACUUCUUCUACUUUUCUAUAGAGCUAUUUAAGCUCUUUUAUACUGAGGGAGUUAAUUUAAGCAUCAAAAAUGAGGUCAUGCUCAAAGUGCUGAACCACUGUCCUUCCCCACAGUUAAUAACGUGACAUGACACAGUAUGACUGUGUGUACAGAAUGAAUUAUUUACGGGAUUGGAUCAGAUUCAUUCUUUUUUCUCUCCGAUAUGCGAUUCAGCAUUUUCUGCUGAUAUCAGCCUGGUUAUUGAUAUGCCAACUCCUAUUAUGUAGUACUAUUAAAGGGACAGCAUCUCAAAGUCUGUCUAUAAUGGCUUUUCCACAGUAACUGCAGCACUGUGGUGCCUAGCGGAAAGUACCACGGCAUAUUUGUGAAUUAAAACUUCACUGGCUUGA